UCGUGUCGAGACCCUUCGGCGUGACGAAAUGUCGAGUGUACUUAUUUCCAUAGACGCUGCCUGGCCUGCUGAGUUCCUCCAGCAUUUUGUGUGCGUUGCUUGGAUUUCCAGCGUCUUCAGAUUUUCUCUUGUUUGAGAAAAGGGAAUACCAUUUUCACCGGAGACAGGGUCGGAAGAGGUAUGGUCAAGAUAGCCGAGAGGAGAAUGAUGUGUUGUAUGCGGAGGCUCAUGGGGUUGAUCUCAUUGCUGUUUAUUGAGCCUGCCCUGUGCAAAUUGGAUGCAAUUUUCAAAAAGUACUUAUAUUGGCUGUGAACCUAUAUAAGAGUGUUUGCCCCCGUUUGCUGACACCAGUAAUCAUAGGCUCCAAUACCAGCAUCUAUUGCUUCUCUUAACAAUAAUCUUUGCAGCUCCUUUGAGGUAAGCCUGUCUCAUGUUAAAAUUUCAUUAACACAAGAGACCCUGCAGAUGCUGAAAAUCAAGAGUAAUACCUACAAAAUGGUGGAGGAACUCAGCUGGUCAGAAGUCCAGAUGAGGCCUGAAACAGCGACUGUUUGUUCAUGUCCAGAGAUGAUACCUAACCUGCAGUUAAUUUUACUUCUCAUAAUUUAAUUUUCACUUACAUUUUCAUUAUCUUCUCUGAAGAUGUCAUUUCUGGUGUGUUGGUAAUGUUGGCCACUUGCUGACUCUACCUCGUAUCUUUGAUAUUGCCUUUGGUUGAGGCUGACAUACUUUAUCCAUUAAUAAGCAGAGCUAUAAAGUUGCUUUAAAAAACAAAGAAUGGCUUCAGUUGGUGAAGGAUGCUAAAUGUUUUAGCUCAGAAUGAGUUUAGUAUUAACAUGCUUGGUAGAUGGUGAUAAUUUGCCUUCACAUUUGUUAUUUGAAGUAUUCUCUUGUCACUGAUAAUGGAUCUCAUUGGAAGUACCGUUGCUGCACCUAAUCCAACAUGGUCGUUGUGAUGUGGAUGGCGUCACUGGAGAAACAUUGAAGAUAGUGGAUAUAUUCAGCAAAAACAAGCAGCAGACAUCAUAUUGAAACAAUCUUAUCAUUUUCGCUCCAAAUACUGUGUGUAAAUGACUGAUGUGAAAGAAAGUUGUCAAGAUUUUUAGGCUAUAACACUGGACGCUUUUAUUUAUGUGUUUCACGUUUCUUCUGAGAAGCCACAAGAUCCAAACUAUUUCCUUGUAUUCAGCUUUUUAAAGUAAAUCAGUAUGUUUGCUAUUGAGGCACUGGGAGCCCCUGAACUUUCUUCAAGUUCUCAACUUUGCCAUGGAACGCAUGGACUAGAAAUCAGGAGUGAAGCCAUUGGUAUGACAGAUAUCAAGCAGGACAAGAAUUCUAACUUUGUGGUAGAGCAAUCCAGCAAGAAUGAGAUCUUUGGCAAGCUUCCGUCCAAAGGGACCACAUUGAGAAAUAGUCCUCAACUGAAAAAUGAACCGGAAUUGCAAAUAAAGAAAGAGAAGGACAGUCCUUUUUCCUUGAGUUUGGAGUCAGGGAGCACCAGGCCACCUUCAGGGGAGUGUGUCCGAAUUCCACCGGAGGGAGCUGAAGUGGGCCACCCCAGCAAACUUACCAAGGUUGUGGAAUGUGAAGAGCCUACUGUCUCCCCUUCAGAUGACAAUGGUUACUCCAGCAGUUGCUUGAGUAUCGAAAGUCCAGAUAGUGUCGAAGGAAACAUCUGGGAGACAGGUGAAACGGUCAAGAGGGAUAAACUCGAUCCUUGGCAACAAGCUGAGGUUGAAAGCAUUCCUGGGACUCCACCUGCUGCAGAUUCUUUCUUGCCUUCAAUAUUUGAAGCAGUCCAGAGUCUUCAAGAGAAGCAAAGGUUCAAAGAGCAGGAGAAGGAGAAGCAUCAGACCCAAGUGAUCAUGUACCGCCGCUUGGCCUUGCUGCGAUGGAUCCGUAGCCUCCAGCAGAAAGUCGUGGACCAUCAAAACCGGCUGCAGGAGAGCUACGACACCAUCCUGAGCAACCGCAAAGAGCUGCUCAAGCUCAUCAAACAAGGAGUCAUCUAGCAUGACGAUGACCAAUGCAUGUUGUUCGGCAUCUGGCAAACCGCUGUGAUCGCCUUCUCUCCUGCAAUCAGUUUUAGUAAAACUCAAUUAUUCAUCUUAGAAACUCAGUGACAGAAGUCAGGACAUGUGAGCAACAUUAAUGUGUCACUGUUUGACUGGAUGAGAGAGCUUGCUUCCCACUAUCUUGCUGCUUCUUGAAGUGAUAGUCCCCCCUUAUUUUUAAGGCUGCUUUCUGAGAUGCAUGAGAAGGUAAACUGCUGAAAAAUGGAGAUUGAGUGGGGAGACCAUUUUCAACCCUGGCUGGUUCACCUGGGCAAGUGUGUACCGUAUUGAAAGACCCCAAUGACCCCAGGUUGUUACAUCACUGAUGAAGAUGCACUUCCUAGGACGUAUUGCAGCGUCAGUCAAAUUGUUGGAUCUGGUAAUCGCUUAAUCUCUACUGAGAUCUGUUUUUAUUUUGUAAAAAGAAAAUUACUGUCGCAUCCCUAUAUAAUCUGGAAAAGCUUUUUCCAGUCAAAAAGGUUAUAGUAGGAUCUUGCCCUGUUGCAUUUUGCAGCUGAUAUGUUCCUGUGCUAUAUAUUUUUUGUUUCUUUAUCACCUUGUUUUUAAACCAACUCCACACAUUGCUGUCCUUUUAAAAUGUAACUUUUCUUUAAUGAUCCCCUUGUUAGUCAGUCAACAAAAUAGAGCGAUUGAUGUUGCUUCAGGUUUAUUCCCCUUCUCCCUCAAAGUUGAAGCUGACUUUUGAUUUAAAAAAAAGAGAAUUAUGAAAGGAGCUGAGGAUUUUCCUUGGUAUACAUGCAGUAAAUUUGCAGAUCUUGACAUUAUGCCCACUUUUGUUUGCUUUAUCAUCAGGAGUUUUUGGUUGGAUUUAACUUCUGCUGACUCAGAUGUUUUUGUAUGCUUAAAAUCUUUGUGUGCUUGAAAUAUAUUGACACUUCUCAUUAGUUAGCCCAGAAGUCCCCAAUCUGUUUUAAUGCGAUUGAUUCCUACUAUUAACAGAGGGGUCUCUGGACCCCCAGGUUGCAAAACCAAGUUAGUCUGUACUUGGUUCAGUUUUACACACAAAGUUCAAAUGGAACUAAAGAAAUGUGCUAAUUUGUAAAAAUCUCUUCUAUUCAUAUUUUAAUAUGAUAUGAAUUGAAAUUAAAGUCCUUUUAGUUUGGAACUCAUGGAUCAAUAGUUACAAGCUUCCUCACAAACAUUAAUUAUAUUAGAUAUUGGAUCUAAAAAACAUACACUUUACCUGUAACAGAUAAUCAACUUUUAAUAAAAAUGUAAAGUUUGUAUUUAAAGCUAGCAUGUAGAAUAACUAUAUUGUAUCCAUUUGCUCAUGGAGAUCAUUUAUAGAUGGAUAAGAUUCAUAAGAUGUGCUCUUUAGUCAGAAAUUGCAUUGUCAAUAAAGGCAGCAAGGCAUUGUGAGCUGAACAAUAUUCUGAGGGACGGACCUUUUAUAAGCAUACCUGGUUCUGAAGCUGUUCUGGUAUUGACUGAUCUUAUUGUUUGGAUAAUACGUGUCUGAAAUUUGAGGGAACCCUCUCAUGGAUUGGAUCAAAUGUUAUUUGAUGGUAGGGGUUUUCUGAAAAUCUGAAACUACUGGCUUUUUCUUUCUGGUUUGUUUAAAGCAUUGAGAUAUUCAUGUAGGCAUGAUUAUCUUCUUGUAAAAAUAGCUCAUAUCAUGUGUAAUGUAAGCAAGUGGGCAGAAGAAACAAUUAUUCCAUAUGUAUUAUGGUUAUGUUUGUCAUCUGACCUAUCUUAAUAAUGUUUGCCCAAAUAUAGCUGCAAUUUUUUUUUCUGAAUGACUACCAUCACUAUGAUAUGUGUGUGGUUAAUAGGAAUUAAUGAUGUGCAAUUAUUAAUUAAUAUAAAGUGAACUAUUAUAUAUUAAUGACUAUUUACAGAACUAUAUCUGUGCUAUCAUGCCUACAUCAAGUGAACUAUUAUAUAUUAAAGACUAUUUAUAGAACUAUAUUGGUGUUAUCAUGUCUGUAAUACUAAGCACCUUCAAAUAUAAAGUUUUAGUCAAAGUUUGUCUUAUUACUAAAUAAAUCAGUGAUUUCUUAAUGAGUUCUUUACACAUUGUUUAAUAACUGUAGAAAUGGUCCACCAAUAUGAAGAACUGAUAAGCAAGGUUUUCAGCCUGCUCUGAGGUUUGGACCUAAGGACCCAAUUUGGUUCAGAAUGCUUUUGGUUUGCUUCAAUUUGAUGCAUGAUUUGUGGGGUUUUAUCCCCCCUUUUAGGUGUUGGUCUUUUUUUUCUUUAAUUGCAUUCUUUCGGUUCUCUUGCUCUGUGGCUACCUACAAGCAAGUAAAUCUCAAAGUUGUAUCAUCUACACAUUCUUUGAUAAUAAAUGUACUUUGAAUCUU